UUUUAACAUCAACCCUUACAUCCAAAUUCACUAACCCGGCUAAACUACGACUAGCCGAGGCCCGUUAAGACUACUUUGAUUGGACGAAAAUAAAAAAAAGUUAUUUCUCCUUUUAGAACUGUAGGGGGAAGUUUUGGGAUUAAAGUGCGACACGUUUUUCUCCCCACUCCCUUGAAAUGUGUCGAACCUGAGAUCAGAAAGAGGAAAAAAAAAGGCCGAUUACAACUCAUUCAACAAUCCACAAAUCCGAACGUUUGAUGGCGAAAUCUCCGUGAAAGACCACCAAAGCAGGAAGAAGCUAACCUGACAUCAUUUUUUACAGUUCGCGACCACAUACACAGUGAACUGAGGAUGCCAUCCGAGAAGAGUGAGGGGUUAUGGGCAGACUGGAUUUGGUUUCCUCAAGGCCAUGGUUGGGCUGACCUGAAAGACCAUGAUGGCAAAGUCUUUCCCAAAGCAGAGGACCUCUGGGCGACUAUCCCCAUUGCUUUCUGCUUCCUGGUCAUCAGACAGAUAUUUGAGAGAACCAUAGCAAUACCUCUGGCCUCUCUGCUGGGAGUGAGUGACAAACGCCGUGUUUGUGCUGCUCCAAAUCCCAUCCUGGAGUCCUAUUUCUGCAACACAUCAAAGUAUCCUGCACAGAGCGCCUUAGAGACUUUAAGCAAACAGACAGGCUGUUCAGUCCGGCAGGUCCAGAGGUGGUUCCGGCGGCGGAGAAAUCAGGACCGUCCCAACAAACUGAAAAAGUUCCGUGAAGCCAGUUGGAGAUUUAUCUUUUACCUUCUUGCUUUCUUUGCUGGCCUGGCAGUCCUUGUUGAUAAACCAUGGUUUUACGAUAUGGAGCAGAUGUGGCACGGCUUCCCAAAAAUGUCACUGUUGCCUUCCCAGUACUGGUACUACAUGAUCGAACUUGGCUUCUAUAUAUCACUACUUUUUAGUGUGGCAUCAGAUGUCAAACGUAAAGAUUUCAAAGAGCAAAUUGUUCACCAUGUAGCCACCAUUGCUCUCAUCAGUUUCUCCUGGCUGGUCAAUUAUAUCCGAGCAGGAACUCUGAUCAUGUUGGUGCAUGAUGCUUCAGACUAUCUAAUGGAGUCCGCCAAGAUGUUCAACUAUGCUGGUUGGAGGAGAACCUGCAACUUCAUCUUCACUGUGUUCGCUGCAGUUUUCAUCAUUACCCGCCUCAUUAUUCUCCCUUUUUGGAUCAUACACACGACAUGGGUGUACCCGCUCACCCUCUACCCCCCCUUCCUUGGAUAUUACUUCUUCAAUGGGCUGCUGUUUGUGCUGCAGGCUCUGCACGUCUUCUGGGCCGGUCUCAUUGUUCGCAUGGUCAUCAAGUUCCUGCCAGGCAGUGACAUCGUCGAGGAUGAGCGAAGCGAUAAAGAAGAGACUGAAUCGGAAGACGACGAGACAGAUGGCGAGCGGAGGGAAAAGGCGAAGAACGGCUACAUGCAGAACGGCCACACUCUCCACAACAACAACCGUAGUAAGACUGACUGAUUGGACAGUGGGCACUGGAGGGCGUGUCAGGGACAAGGCAUUCCCCCCCAACGAUGGCAGUGGCUGUUGACUGAAAGGCAAAGAUUGGAAGUGUGUCAUGUUGAAAUGUGCAGCAGGUGGUGGACACACACAUGUAUAAACACACAAACGCUGUAUGUAUUUUUUGCUAAAUUUGUCCAAACGAAACACUCCUCCAGCAGAAGUCCUGCAGUCCAAAUGUGGAAUGUUUACACUAAAUUAAGUGAGGAAAGAAAUGAAGUCAGCAGUUUGGGAUUGUAAUGUGCCUCACUCCUUCCUUUUUCUCACACUUAAAGUGUCUCUCACUAGUUGCCAAGAUGUGCUGUUGACCAAGUUGCAAAAUGUACCUGCUUGUAACCUACUUCCUUGUUACUGGAAACACCUUGACAGAUCGUGUGGACGGGACAGCCUUCCCUUCCUGCCAUGUGUUAACUUUCCUUAGUAUUACUGCCUUUAAUCCCCACCAUCGAUUUUUCUCCACUGAACUCUGUGACAUUUGGAGUCGGUGCUGCCAUUCCGUGGACCAUAAUCUGAUUAAAGUCCUCUGUUUGCUGAGUUAAUAUCGGCUCAGGACUCAAACCAUUCACAUGAAGUUAUUUUGUUGCAGCUGCCAUUAGUUGACGAUUUGUCACUUAUUUUUUGUUGUUGACAAUUCUUUGGUGCCCAGGAUCAACUAGUGUUGAUUAAAAUAAGGUCACAAACAUAUUUAUAGCAUAAUACAUGUCUGUAAAUGUUUUAGCAGCAAAAGCUGACUCAUUGAAUCAAAUAUGCCUCUCUGGAUGUCUGAAAUUGUUUUAAACACUGCUUUUCUUUCUGCACUUUUUUUUUUUGUGGUUUGAAUUUUAAAUUUAGCAGAUUAUUCAUUGUUAAUUCUUUACAGGCUGCAAGAGUUAAUAGACUUUCCAUGCAGUGUUUUUUUUUCUUUCUCUCAUAUCCAUAUAAGAGCACUUUUUCUUUUUCCUAAAGAUCAGCAUCGACUAAACAUUCAAUGAACAAGGUGUCUAAAUGGAAUGCAGUUUUUUUCCCCUCUUUAAUGAUUUUGAUCCCCCCCCCCCCCCCCCCCAAGUUCUUCCUCUUUUGUUGUUUCAUAAGAAAAAAAAAAAAGGCAGGCUAAUCAUCUUGAGUUGAACACCAAGUAUGUUAUAAUGUGUAUAGAUUUGCAAAGUGCCUUCAUCCUCAUCCCAUGAGGCAAGUAUUAAAAAAAAA